UUCUUCUAAAUAAAUCGCACUUCUCCUUCUCUCUCAACUAAAGCAUACCUCUGGAAAAUCAAGGCAUGGCUAAUGCUAAGCUGAUCUGUGCUCUCUUGCUAUGCAUACUGGUCACUGCCCCCAUGUUGAACAUUGAAGCCUCGAUACCAUGUCAUACUGUGAAAGUUGACUUGGCAGCGUGCCUUAGCUACUUUUUGAAGGGUGGGAUACCUCCUCCCAGUUGCUGCAAAGGAGUUCAGAAUGUCAACAACGCUGCUAGAACCACCAAGGACCGCCGAGACACUUGUAAUUGCUUGAAAACAACUGCCAAACAGUAUCAUAUAGUCAAUUUCAGGUUCGCAGCUGCUCUCCCUCGCUUCUGCAAAGUUAACAUUCGUUCCCCUAUUAGCGCCUCCAUUGACUGCUCCAGGAUUAAGUGAAGUGACAGCUAGAGCUGCAAACUCCCGGUUUCCACUUGAGCGAGUCUCUCCUAUGUUGUUGCUAUCUUCUACGUAUUUGAAAUUUUAGUUGAUCAUUAUUAUUAUCUUCUAUCUUAAUAUUCGAAAAAAAAAAAAUUCGACCUACAAGUUUGUUAGGUUGUUAAGAUUAUUGCUAAUCUCGUCGUCCAUGGUUUAUAUGUAAUAUGUAAUCUAAAAAAUCGUGUGUUUGUUGUUUACCAAGGAGUUUAUGGGACCUUAAACUUUAUGGUAAUGGAAUUUAAGCUUGUUUGGUUUUA